AUGGCCCCUCCGUCGGGUCUCCAUCAGUCGGCCAUUCCCGCUGAUUUCGAGACGCCAUUCCCGCCGUUAGUCCGAUCUUCUACCGUGCCAGCUGGCCCCAAGCUGCACCGUUCCGACCCGUCGCAUUUGUCUCCCGAAGACGCCUAUGCCUCCUUCUCCCCUCCGCGCCAUCUCGGAGGGUUCGACAGCGGGGGAAAUGGUUCUGGAACCGAUACACGACCCGGGCGCACUAGGCAUAAGGACACCGCUCGGAGUCGGAGCAGAAGGCGCAAACGUUUCCAGAAGCUGCUCUGGGUGAAGCAGUCGUACCCCGAUAACUACACCGACCAAGCUACCUUUCUCGAGAACCUCCAGCGCAACCCCCGGGUUCGACCCUACGAUUUUUGGCCCUUAGUUGCCGACUCGACCGUCAUCGUACAGCAUGUCUGCUCCGUCAUCAUCUUUGUCGUAUGCUUCGUCGGUAUCUUUCAGGAGCGCUCGCCGGGCGGGUCUGGGGAUGAGGAUGAGGAUGCCAGGGCGCGGAUGAUACGAGAUAGGCGAGCGUCCAAGGAAUUCCGCCCACCUAGGCGGCAGGACUCGAUGGGGCUGGACCAACCGAUGUUCAACGCCAGUACCGUGAGCAUCUCAAGCGCAUCGAACUUCCCCUCCGCCGCGAGCUCGACCUCGAACCUCCUCCAAGACCAUGCCCACAUGCAACGAAUCCCCCACCCGCUAGGCGGUAACACCUACAACAGCGGCCUCCUCGUCCCAGCCCACGCCCACUCCCGCUCCGCCAGCUCCAUCAACUCAAUCGCCUCGCAAGCGAGCGCCGCCAACAGCCCCACUACCACCGCUACGACCACACGCUUCGGUCCAGACGGAACGGACCACGGGGAACCCACCCCGUCCCCAAUCGCCCGCAACGGGCGCGCCUACGUCCGCCUCAGCACCAUCAAAUCCGCCAUCCUUAUCUACUUCACGCUGCUCGGCCUGUCCCCGAUCCUCAAGUCCCUCACACGCUCCACCUCCUCCGACAGCAUCUGGGCCAUGUCCUUCUGGCUGCUCGCCCUCAACGUCUUCUUCUUUGACUACUCGGGCGGCGGCCGCGCCGGCAGCGCCCCCGCCGCCACCACCACCACCACCACCACAACAACAACAACAACAAGCACACACGGCAGCAACAAACAGAUGCCAGUAGCGUCGCUGUCGACCAACGCGGCGCUGAUGGCGUCCACCGUGCUGGCCAGCCGACUGCCGAGCACGGGCCAGGUGUUCAGCCUGACGCUGUUCAGCAUCGAGGUGUUUGGCCUGUUCCCCGUCUUCCGCCAGUACGCGCGCCGCCGCAGCUGGCGCUACCACGUGGUGCUGACGGUGCUACUCGUGCUGGGCGCGGGCGCGGGUGUCGGCAUGAUCCUGGGUGACGAGCGCGGCUGGCCGUGGAAGAAAGGCCUGUUGGGCAUGGUGGUGGGCUGCCUGAUUGCUGCCCUGGCUAUGGGCGGGUGUAGCUGGUGGCUGAUUGGGCUGCAGAAGUAUAAGAAUGAGAUUUAUGGGCCGUGGGAUCCGGCGAGGCCGAUUAUUAUUAGUCGGAGGCAUUGGGAUGAUGAUUAG